AAGCGCACUGGUUUUAUCGGCCAUAUGUAAUUGCAUUAUUUAUUCUAUUAAUUAAUGUAUUCAUUCAAGUCAUUUAUUUGUUUGCACGCGCCUGCUGCGAACUGUCACGCGCUGGUCUGCUCGUGCACGCCAGUAUCUGCCUCAGCUCGCGAGUCGCCUCAGCAGCAGCUCACCUGCUGUCAUGCUUUCCAGAGUGGCUACAAUGGCAGGGGUCACUGCUCACAAGAUCAGCAAACACAUCACGUUCUUAGCCAGUGACUUGACUGGGACUCCAGCGACUGGCGUUUCACCCGCCAAACCGAUUCUGCUGUUGCUGCCGUGGCUCGGCUCCAGACCACAAGCCAUCGCCAAAUAUUGUGAGAUUUACUUUCGCACAGGCUUUGAUGUUCUCAUAGUGGAAAGCGAGGUGAGCCAGUUCUUGUGGCCCCGCUGGGGGCUGGAGUAUGGUGGCCGUCUGCUGGAAUUAUUAGAGAGCGAGCGCUUCUCACAGCGCCCCCUGCUGGUCCAUGCUUUCUCCAUAGGUGGAUAUACAUUUGCUCAGGUGCUUGUUCAUGUGGCCAAAGACACCCAGCGGUACCAAGGCCUCACACACAGGAUCAGGGGACACAUCUAUGACAGCCUUGUCAUGGGAUCGCUGGAGCAUAUGGCCAACGGUCUGGGUAAAACCAUAUUCCCCCGGAUGGAAGGCAUCGUGAAGUCGGCUAGCCUUCUGUACUUCCGUAUCUUUAAACACCAGACGGUUGACUACUUCAACUCAUCGAUCGGUGUUUUCUGGAACACUCCUGUGACUGCUCCGGCUCUUUUCUUCUACUCCGAGAACGAUGCUCUGUGCGAUUACAAGAGCUUGGAGGAGAUGGUGGAGCUCUGGAGGAGCCGCGGUCAAACCGUCGAGAGCAAGAAGUGGAAGGAGUCUGUUCACGCAGGUCACCUCCGCGUACACCCUCAGGAUUAUCUGUCCACGUUGGAGUCCUUCGUGCAGUCUCUCAACAUGGUGCCUCUGAAGGCCAAAAUGUGAAUUUUGAAGGCAGCUACCGUCUCGUUAAACAUCCAAGUUGCCUGAAGUGCCUGAUUAUAUUGUUACAUUGACAUUCUCACGCUCUGCUCAAAUGGUCUUGCAAAUAACAAUUUCUCAAACUGCUUCAGUCUGUUGAAAUAUUUAUGCAACUACAUGAAAUCCUUUUCAGCCAAAAAAUUCGUACCCUGUCCAGAAAAAGAAUCCGAGCUCUUUUUAAAGACUGUAGCACUGGCACAUCGGGGAUGUGUAACGCUUCUCAAUCUGCUGAUGUGCGACCAUUUAGGUUUAUUGCACUACAAUAUGAAACUCUGGUACUUUAUUCAACAUCUGUUCAGACCUCAAAACGUUGUAAUACUGAACCGUGUAUCAUUAUUUUGUUGUACAAAUAUUUUUUCUAAACCGUAAACACUUGAAUAACACUUGUUUUCAACCUUUUUGUUAAUAGUGAAUUAUAGUUUAUGUGAUUUAACGUAUAUAACAUAAUAUGACUUCAUAAUUUUGAACUUGACUUAACAUUUAAAUCUGUGGUAUGUUCAUUUGAAUAUACUUUCCUUUUGAUCAUUUAUGUUAUUUGUCAGCGACAAAAGAAGUUAAUAAAAACAUGAUAUAAUUACAUAUAAUACGCUGUUUGGCACAAUCCAGGUAAACCUCUUUUUUCAGGUACCUAUGCAUACAAUAUUGUAAAGACAGUUAAAGUGGGACAUUUUUGUAUUACAUGUUUUUAUAUUUUUAUUUUGUAUAGUGUAAUGGAAAUCUUUAGCCUAUGCCAACUUGCAUAUUUCAAAACAAUAUUUAUGGAAAAUUAUCCAAGUGUCCUGCUGUACAUUGCAUCAGUGCAAUAAUGUAUGUUUUUACGUUCUUUUAGCAAAAGUCAAAUAAAUAAUUCAGAUUCUU